GCAGCACUUCAGACGGAGGGUCGGUGGCUUGUGAAAACGUGGAAAGCAAUUAUUGGUCGUCGCAAGAGCGUCAGAUGCACCGCAAAGCACCGGAACCUCGCCGAGCAUUUUAAAAUGGAUAAUGCCACGUGGUCAAGAUUCUCUAUGUGGCGAAGCCGGAGGCACCGCUUGACCGCACCGGAAUAUGCCUCCCCGGCGAGUGACCUGGAUCGACUCUCGUCACUUUCCCGAAAAGUAUAAAUAUCUCUCAUUCACACUCCCCAUCCUCGUGCCCUAGCCGUCCGUUACUCCUUUUUCCAGCCGCAACCUGCUGAAAAUAUCCUCAAUUUCUGCUCCAGACACGCUAUUUUCCUUACAUUUUCACGCAAUCCAGCUGAAAUUUGGUGUUUUUCUUCACUAAUUGUUCAUUUAUACUCGGAAUACGAAGGGGGUUUCUUGCUAAGAUUAGUUGGUGGUGAGGGCUUCGAGCUGUCGGUGCGGCAAUGGGAGCGGCAGAAGUGGCCUUUUCCGGUUGGAAAGGUUUGAUUUCUUUGCUGUUUUGAGCUUAUGGGGUCAGACAAUUUCGGCGGCUGUGCAGGCGGUGUUCGGACUAAGGCCUUGCCCGAGGAAGCUGAGGUUCGAAAAUUGGAAGGCGCUUCUGCUGGAAUCAAACGUCCCUUUGACAAAUGGAACUCUGCAGCCAGCCGAAAAGGUGAAAUUUGUGCUGUUUAUUCUUCUGUAGCUUCUUGGAACAAUGUUACAGAAGAUGAAGUUUGUAGGGAUGUUGAUGAGCAAUCAGUUAUCUGGAGCAAGGAAACAUCUGAAGGCCUCAAUUCUAGUACUAAUGUUGCAAAGACAGCGAAACUAAAUGCUAGGUCACAGCUUAAACCUCGGAAAGCUGGAAGGAAUGCUUCUGGUAGUUCUAAGGGGUUGAAGAUGUUAGAGGUGGAUGGCUCUGUCAGUAAAACCGGUGAAGAUGAUGCAAGAGCUAUAGAGACUUUAUCAAAUCACGCAAGCUGCAAUAAUGAAGAGAAAGUUCAAAUGCCUAAGUUAAGGAACAACUCAACUGGCAAGAGAGGGGACAAGAGACUUGGAAAAACUUCAAGGGGCAAUUUAUCUCUAAAGAAUGGCAUGAUUAGCUUCUCUUCAGCUGCAGGCGGACACAACUUUCUUGGAAGUUAUGGUUUGAAAUCCGACACUUUGGACGUGGCUGAAAAAAUGGAGGAUAUGUCUUUGGAGGAGCUUCUUGAUGGCAGUUAUAUGAGUCCUCUUUUCACCAAAUACAAGGAAAAGAAGGCUACAAGCUCAAAUGAAAGUCUUCUUCAUGCAAUUAGAAAUGCUUGCUCUCUACUUCAGAAACCUGAACGGGUCAAGAGUUGCUCAGAUGAUGAUAAGAUAGCCGAGCCCAUGCAUAUUGCCUCUUUUUCAGCAACUGAAGCUGAUGGUAUUAAAGCAGAUGCCUGCACUUCGGCUGUAUCUUCAUAUGAUAAGGAAGCGUGUGGUAAGCUUAAAACAGCUGAAGCUUGUGUCAAUCUUCCACCAUGCAAACACGUGGAUAUUUUGAAGCACAUUUCACUUCCCCCAACAAAGGAUUUGGAUGCUUUGCUUCUUGAUGCAACCAAACACACAUCUUCCAGAAACAACCCUGAUCCUCGUCUAGGCAAGCCAACAUCAUCUCAGCGAAUUGGCUUGCCUCCUUUUCCUUGGUCACAUGGGUACUCUGGAAACCACAAAUCUGGGCCUGAUGCAUCGAAACCAUCAACAAGUAGGACUGCUUGCCAAGGCAAGUGGGUUAGGGUGAAUGACAUAUUUACUCCUCAAGAUGGAUGUCCUAGUUUUGCAGUAGAUUUGCAAUCUCUCACUUAUGAUCACAGUCUAGUUCCAUCAGGAAGUAAACCAUCUGUGAUUCCAGAAAGAGGAAAUCAGAUCCAACAUCCUUGCGACACUCAAAAUGGUGAACCCUUAGAAAGUCAAACUCAGAGUCAUGUUCCUUCAGGAGGUCAAACAUCUGACCUAUCAGAAAAAGGAAAUACCCCAGCAGUCCAAGCUGAAUUUGCUUCCUUUGACAGAGUUCUUUCAUCAUUUGCUACUUGUUCUAUUUCCCAAGUUUCUUCAGAGGAACCAUCCCCAAGAUGUUUGACUGCUGCACGGACACUGUGUGAAAUUGCAACCCGAUCAGUGAAGCGCAGAACGAAUGGAACCGUAAAGUGUCUUAAGAAACCUACUCAGAAGUCCACAAGAGCUCCUCCAAAGCUGAAGUUGAGUGAGAAACCAGAAAAACCAUUUGCAGCACCAAAUAGUAUGGACAUGAUGAGAGCUUGUGAGGGGAUGCUUCCACCCAAAAGACCUAAACUAAUGUUGGAUGGGGAGAGAAACGGAAAAGCCACUGCAAGAAACUUUGACAGAAAGCAUUGGUCGGCUCCACGAUCAGUUAGACCGUCUUCGAGCAAAUAUUGUAAAAACGCAACAAGUUCAGAAACAAAAGGUCACAGCAACAGCAGCUUUGUAGAUAAAUUAUAUAUGAUGAAGGGUUGUAGUAGUCAGCAAAAAGCAUUCAAGUAACAAGAUGAAGACCGAAGCUCAUCAACACACAAGGGCUGUAUAUGAAGAUUCAUUCAGUUUUAACUUUUAGAUCUCACCAAAAGUGGUAGGUGUUUUGUAAAUUCUGUCUGUAUGAAGAAAGAAGGGAGCUGGUGGCCGUGAUCUUGAUUUCAGGAGAAACAGGCAAGCCUGCCCUGUUGUAUCAUUAUUAUUUGUUUGAUGUUAUCUAAUCAGAAGUGUAAUAUCCAAUCAAAUAUUCUUCCAUCUCCUCCAUCUUUCGUGUAAAGUGGUUCCAAUUUAUUAUCUCCGCUCGGAAAAUAUCAUGUUUGAUCAGAGUACGUAUGUACGAUAGUCGAUAGAGGAUUUGAGUUAAAGGUCUU